UGAACCUUCAAUCCCGCAUUUCCCGGUCUUUUUUGAGGGGUAAACGAGAACCGAAAAAUGUCCUCGGCUUCAACAACAAAGAAGUCUAGUAAAAGGGAUGAGUAUACUUCCCAUGCUUGCACCGAAUGCCAGCGACGCAAGGUCAAAUGUUCUGGACAAUCGCCAUGCCACAACUGCCUUGGUAGAGGUGCUGAUUGUAGCUAUCAUAGUCCAUCCAAUGGAUCUGGUAAAAGGAAGCGGAAACAAUCUUCUUCCAAUGGCAAUAAAAAACGUGCUGUUCCCCCUUCUGAUGUUUCCGUCUCUGCAUCGGACGAGACUGCACUGCUCAAGGAGCAACUUCAACGAUUGCAACAAGGAUUGGAUACCUUGAUGAUGCAGCAAUCACUUAGUUUCGACUUUCUCAGUUCCCAUACAACUCCCCCACUGCCGCACCCGACAAAUAACUCGGUAGCUUCACCAGAUGAACGGCCUCUCACAUUCAGUCAGACCACCGAGGCAUUUGGACCACAGGAUGUAACACAUAAUCUUGAAGAAGAAUCACCGACCUCUUGUCAAGAUGGCCGUCACCCUUCUGAGCUCACCUAUGCCGAGUCAGACACAUUUGUCCCCGGAAGCAAAUGGCUAAACCGUUUUGCUGUUGCUUCCCAGAUUUGCGAUCUACGCUCCAGUGUCGGAGCAGGUCCUAUCCUGCCAGAAACAACUAGCUCAAAGAGCUGCGCUGUAGUCCUCCCUUGUCCCAAGGACCUGACACAGGCAAUAAAGAUUGGCCUAGCUGGGAUCGACUGCUUCUUUCCUUCCGUCCACGGGACGAGGCUGGUUGAAGCAAUUUCAGGGACCCUGAAGGCGCUGAGCUACUCUUCUACUGCCCAAUCUAUCGUUGUAACCGAGCCGCAUUACUUGGUCAUAGCUAUUCUUCUUAUCAUCAUUGCAGCUGGACAGAAUCUGGACGACAAAAGUAGCUCCGAUUUGUAUCGGGAGAAGGCAUGGCCAGGCUCAGAAGCUUAUUGGCAGAGUAGGAAGCUUGUGCAGUACUUUGAAGGGGGAAGUGAGCUUCAGACCAAUUGUGUCAUCUAUCAUACCAUCUCCGCGGCGUAUUUGUUGGCAGCAGAGAGAUUGCGUCUGGCCUCGAUCCACGUACUCAAUGGACUUCAUUCUGCUGUCAGUUUGGGACUAGGCCAAAGUCACGGAUUUCCUACAUCUUCAGAGGAUUUCGUCGAUCCCCUGGCCCUUUGGGUUACACUCGACUUCCUGGACAAGCGCAUCAGUCAGAAAUGUGGCAUUCCAUACUUUGUUGGAAACAGUCUUGGACAUGUGGAUAUUGAACACGAAACCAGUGCUCAUAUUGACAUGAAGAGCAAGGCAUAUCUCAAGACUAUGUUCAGCCAUGCCAGACUCUGGGCAUCUAUAUGGGACGGAUUUCUAGCUCCGAACGCUCCAAUGGCGAGCGACUGGGUAGAAAUUCAAGCAUUUGAUGCCAAGCUCCUGGCUCUUAAGGAACAGUACUCCGAUAAUCUAUCAUGGAACGGAGAGUCAGUUGAUAACACGAUUUUUAAAUCUUCUUCUGAGCCGGAAGAUCGACGGCGUCUUCUUGUAUUCCUGAGAUAUCAAUCUCUCAGACUGAGCAUCCGGCAUAGGACGCUGAGUCCCCCAGAGACAAAUGCUCGAAGGGUAGAAUCCUGUCUAAGGAUUUCCAUUGAGUCCUUAGAUGCAACCGGCCAUUAUCUGAACAACUGGGGCGCAAACCCAAAUACAGGCUAUAUACUAACUUCCUCUCUGGUCGAGUCCAUAUAUUACUUAACGCUUGGACACCGGGAGGGAAUUGCUGUGCUUGACGUUGAAGCCAUUUCAGUCGCACUGCAUCGAGCCGGCAGCAUGCUGGAAUCUCUGUCCACCACAAUCAUGUCGGCAGCCAGAGCCUUCAAAGCCCUGCAGUGCGUGCUCAACUUCAAUUUCCAUGAGUCACGCCCGGAUUACGACCUCAUAUUCCCAUUGACGGGCUUGUCAGAGUCGGAUAUGAGCUUUGGCAUUCCGGUUGAUCAAGUCGAAUAUUCCUCAAGUACAGACACGUUUGACUUCUCUAAGAGCUUUGACGCAAUGGUUUCAAACCCGAUAGCAGAAUCUAGCCUUGAGAUCAACUCAGUAUUGGCUGAGAUGUUCACUGAGAUAGAGGCCAGAUAGUCUUCUCUUGGAAUGCUACCUCUGUCGUAACAGUUUAAGCACAAUGCUUGGAGAUGAAAGGGACCAGUUUGCGAUAUGGGUAUUGAUA